GCUGCCAGCUGCCUUCGCCGCACGCUGAUUUGUCCCUGCCGUACGUGAAGGCAGCAUUAAUCACACCUCUGCUCCUCUGCAGAGUAGAGCUGGAGCCCGUCCCUCACUGUGGACUGUCUGCGGGGACAGGACGGUAUUAUGAGCUGAAGAAAUCCUGCUGUGUUAUGAUGGUUUGUGAGCAGUUGAAAGGGUGAGCGGCUCUUCCCGUGUGUGGUGGUGUUAGAGUAGUUUUAGCCAUUAGUUGAGUGUUUUUACGCCUAGAGUAUAUUUUAUCUUCUUUUUUUAAAGCCCCCCCGGUAGUUUUUUAGCUUCUCGGAGAGUCCCGGAGUUUUGUUGGCAGCGCAAUGACCCUGGUGUGUUUUAAUUUUGUGCUGGAAUAGCGAGACAUGUGCGGCAGAUAGGCUGCGUCUCGUCUCGGACCACAGGACAUUUUUUACUAAGACAGAGGCCAGAAGACGGAGACGCAACAUGUUUGAAGCGUCGGGGAUCCCUCUCAUCGUGCUGGACGUUACCUGUCUGAUCCUCGCCGGACUUCCAUUCUUCAUCCUCACCCCUCAACACAACCCUUUCAAACGGGGUUUCUUCUGUAACGAUGAGUCCAUCAGAUACCCCCUCAAAGAGGACACCAUAUCCUACCAGCUGCUGGGAGGAGUCAUGAUCCCCUUCACGCUGAUCGUGAUUAUCUGCGGCGAGUGCCUUUCUGUUUACAUGUCCCGCAUCAAGAACCAGUCUUUGGGGACCAAGUACAUGGCGUGUGUCUACAAAGCUGUGGGGAGCUACGUGUUUGGAGCUGCUGCUAGCCAGUCCCUAACAGACAUAGCCAAGUACUCCAUUGGUCGGCUGAGGCCAAGCUUCCUGGCUGCUUGCAAACCAGUCUGGGAUCGAAUCAACUGCAAAGCUGGCGGAUACAUCGAGAACUUCACCUGCACUGGAGACAAGUUCCUGGUCGAUGAGGCCAGACUGUCCUUCUACUCUGGCCACGCGUCCUUCUCUAUGUACUGCAUGCUGUUCCUCGUACUGUACAUUCAAGCCAGACUGAGGUCAGAGUGGGCAAGACUUCUGCGUCCCACCAUCCAGUUCUUCCUGAUCGCAACUGCUGUGUAUGUGGGUCUGUCCCGGGUGUCUGACUACAAACAUCACUGGAGCGAUGUGCUCGCUGGCCUCUUGCAGGGCGGUUUAGUGGCUAUUCUCACAGUGAUCUGUGUUUCCAACUUCUUUGAACAGCCAGUGGAGCCGGUGGUGUCACAGGAGGAAGAAGCGUCACACACCAGUCUACAGGACAACCCUUCCAAUGGGAACCACUAUGGCAGCACUGACUGAACCUGAGGCCUCCAACACAACACUGUACAGGGCCUACUUCCCUUAAAAUGAUUAUGAGGGACCUGAAACACAUCAAUGAACUGCAAGUUUUUGAUAUUAAUUGCUGGCUGUUUCUGUGCAUUUCUUCAGUUUGCCCCAUGGAGCCAACGCUGCAGCCUGCAGGCUUUAGCUGCUGCCUUUGGUGUGGUCGGCAAACCUUAAAUACAGGAAAAACAGUGCACUACAGAAGACAGUACCUGCACCUUACCAAGAUAAAAAGACGCAGACGUUUCUGUUGAGUUUUGAGGGUAAAUCCAAUGUAAUACAGUUUAUUUUAGGAGGACAAAGCAAAGUACAGCAUGUUGGGUUUACCUUAGAAAAAGUUGCUUUUUUUACAGUGUGAGCUUGUUGGAAAUGUGGUUUCUAGUGUAUGUUGGUCCGGUGUUGCCAUCAGGAAUGAAUGAAAUUCCUUUUGCCUAGAAUAUAAUGAGCGUCUGUGUGCGCACUGCAAGCAGGCUUGUAGAGAGCCUGGCACCUGUGAAUAAGAAAACCUGGACUGUCCUUAAACUUAAAAUGAAGACUGAAGUCGGAAAUAAUAUAUUUCAUGUUGAUUUUUGCCUUAGUCAGAUUGCUGCUACGUGCUGUCCCCUCUCUGGUGUAAUUCCGUGUAUGAAAAACACAAUGCAUUGAUCUCUUUUUUGUGUGUUUGACAAUAAAGUUUCAUUUUGCUACUUUGUUACAAAG